UGUUGUUUUGACAUGCAAUAGACAUGUAAAUAAACGAUGUCUAAACUUGUUUGAUUAAGAAGCCCCUACGUACCCUGCAGACUACAUCACCUACCCAGCAUCCUCCCUUAUAUCCGCUUCAACCUGCUGACCUCAGACGACACGGCAGCCAUCUUGGAUCACCUCCUGGUCAGGGAGGAUCCUGGGACUUUUGAGGUCAUCAGGAAUGUUGUGCAGAAAAGGAACCCCAAGCUGAAACCGAGGCUUGGGAUGACCAAGGAGAUGGCUAUUCUCUAUAAUACAGAGUGCCGUUAAGAGCUCCUCUUCAUGAACCCUCGUGAAGGGAAGUACAUCAGCUGCAGCUACAAGCCUAAAGACCUUCCCCGUGCUACAGACGUGACAGUCACCAGUGAUAACAACAUCUACAUCCUAACUCAUGAGCGAGAGAGUGACAGACAAUUGUCCAUUGAUAAGUACAACCAUGCGGGGAAUGUGUGGGAAGAUGCUGGUAUGUCCUCGGUAUCUGAGUGGCAGACAAUUGAAAACGAUUCUACAUGCUACGAUGAGCAACUCGUUGAAGUUGAUGGGAUUUUAUUCUGUAUUGCCGCUGAUGCAGAAGGAGACAGUGGAUUGGUGUGGAUGAAAAAGUACAACCGGCACACGGACCAGUGGGAGGAGUGUUCACUGCUGCAACUUGACGUUGUUGCAGACGUCUACCGUGAAGCAUUGUCUUGUGGUUCUUACCUCUAUUACCUCGGUAGCAUUGAAAUGCAUCGCUACGACCCAAGCCAGGACCGUUGGUGUAAGCUGACCCCACCAAUAAUGGAAGAUGAAGUAUCUACAGCCGUUGCCAUGGGAACAGAGAUUUUCUGCACUGAUUUUAACUUCAGUCAGACUAUCCUGUACGACACAGAGUCAGACCAAUGGCAGAAACUGCAAGGUUGGCCGAAUCCAGGAAACCUUUAUAUCGAUAAUGUUCCCAGGCUUUUCGUACUGGAGAACCAGCUGCACAUAGUGUUAAUCUGUACUAGUGAAUCCCAAGAAGAAUACAUCUACAUGGUAUAUGUGCAUGACAGGUCUGCUGAUGCCUGGAGAGAUUUGACGGCAUAUCGGUCCAAUAAAAUAUAUCACGGGUUUGGUUGUCGCUGUGUUGCAGCACGUAUAUACCCACCAUAUCUUAUGGAGGCAUAAAACACAUCAUUUCUUUUUCAGCCUCAAUAUUGCAGGUUAAGGGCAUAUAGAGUGUUGGGCAGGGCUGCAUAAUGACAUGUCUUUUUGUUGAAUGUCUCCUCAGUGUAAUGGGUCUUGCAAUGCUACAUUUCAUACUUAAGUAGAUGACUUACAGAAACGCUUCCUCCUUUCUUAUAAGCAAGGGCAUCUUUUUUCUGAGGAUUGUAUUGUAAGGUCGCAGAUAGGACCAGUUGGAUCUAUGCUGGCAGACAUUACCACUAAAGCGCACACUUUUCAGCAUUGAUGUGUAGUAUAAGGAUCUUGAGAGGACUGAUGCCAGGACUGUUUUAUCAUAUUUUUCUUUAGGUCUUCGGGUUUUGCCAAAUGCCCUCACAGCGUGAGAGACCUUAUGGUACAGUUUAUACUUCUAAGUAGCAUUUUAAUUUUCGACAAAAAACUUGCUAUUUUUUUCUUAUAUAUGAGGAACAUAUUUUUAGAACUGACCUAAGUGAUGUCAUUUAUCUUUAAGUCAAACAACAAUAAUUAGCAGACAUCAUAUCUAUUGUAAAACUUUAACAAUUAUUCUACUUGUAUUUUGUUAUUGAUUUGGAUGUAUUUCCUAUAGUGUGCUUAAUCUUUUAUUUGUUGAUCUCCAUAUAUAUUAGUCUAACAACGGUCAUUAACGUUAUGUCUAUUGUAAAACUUUUACAAUUAUUGUACUUAUAUUCUAUUAUUGGAGUCAAAAUGUUACCUAAAUGUGCUUAGUUUUGUAUUUGCCGAUCUCUUUAUAUGUUAGUCUGACUCCUGUUUAAAGAAGCUACUUGCAAUGUUAUGCAUAUUUGUUCACAUUACACCAGUUUUUUUUUUUGUUACCAUAGACAAUGUAUAUCUUUUCGCAUCAUUUUGUACAAUAAAUAUU